CAAUAUCGUCGGCGUAUGCCAGUAAAGAUUGUACCUUGUAUAUUCAGCUCUGCAGCUCUUAUUAUUCUCAACAUCCAGCAUCUUAUUGAAGAAUUCAUGAAUUCGAUGAAGAGUCACCCUGUCUGAAACCCCGUUUGGUAUCAAACGGCUCGCAAAGGUCCUUCCCAAUACUGGCAUGUCUUGCGUCAGCUUACACAGGCGCAUAUGGCUUGCGGGGAUACCAUAUUCCGACAUAACAGCGUAAAGGCAGCUCUCUUUAGUGUUGCCUAAGGCUGCUUUAAAAUCGACGAAGAGAUGUUGUGUGUCGAUCCUCCUUUCACGGAUCUUAUCCAAGCGCAUGGUAGAUAUCUGUUUAAUGGUUGACUUACCAGGUCUAAAACCAUGAUAGGACCUUAUAUGUGAUGUUAAGGAGGCUUAUCACACGGUAGUGGGCAUCCGGCAUGCUUUCAUGGGACCCACAGGCUGAUGCAUGCACCAUGUCAGCUCCUCACCGCUAUGCUUAAAUACACGCAACUUGAUGUCAUUUAUAAGGUUGUUUAUGUGGUAUGCGAAAUUUAUUUAGAGCCAUAACAAAACAAAGUCAAUCCAACUUCAAUAAUAUGUCCUUUAGGGACGUUAGGAGCGCGCCAAAUAUUAUAUGUCAUUCGAAAAGUUGUAUAUAUAUAUAUCUUACAUAUGUGAAGAACUUCAUACUUUCGACGCCCCCGAAAAUUACGUUUGAAUAUUGACUAUAUGAAGUGAUCCAGCGCCACAAAAUCUUAUGUAAAUAAUAAGAAUAAUAACCACCGUCUUAAAACCGAAGGUUCCUAGUUGGAAUCUUUAGUUCACGGAGUUCUUUUUCUGUUUGUGGGAGACAGCGUAAAAGAUUUACAUACGUAAAUAUAUUUAUUGAAAAUAUUUUUUAUCAGCAUUUUUGGUUCCACAUAAAAAGUAUUUGAGCCGUUCACACCUUACAUACAUAUUACAGGUUUCCGAUGUCAUCAAGUGGGAAAAUAAAAAUGGGGUUUUGAAUAUUUUUACUAUUUUUAUUUUAUUUUUAACUAUAAUUGAAAUAUCUCUUUUGCUCUCCUAGCCAAUUACCAACGGGGAAAGAGAACAAUUUCUUAUGGGUCAUGUGUAUUAAUUCCAGACAAUUAGUUCACAGCUCCGACUUACUUUCCUCAUACUGGCUGUAAUGGAAAUUUAACUCUUGAGAUAAAUGGCUGAGGCUAUAAGUGCAGCCGCUGGCAUGGAGUUAACACUGAAAGAUAGCGGGAUCAUCGAUAUGACACCCGCGAGUUUGUUGCAACACAAUGCGUUGGUUAAACAUUCCCACGCACUGCGUAGCCUUAAGGAAUGCAGCACCGAUGAGCAGCCAGUCGCAUUAGAUACUACAGUGCGGGCAAAUAGUACGCCGCCAACAAAUUACUCCACAUCCACGACCGCACCUACUCCGCCCACUAUGGCGACAUUUCGUUGCGAUCGCUGCGAUAACUUUGAAACAGCCUCAAGGGCAUCACUACUACUUCAUGUCGUCCAAUGUUUAUCUCAUCAUGCGCGCCCGAAAACGGAAGAGUCUGAAUUAGAGAAUUUAAGCGUCAGUGGUACGGUGCCGCCUCACGCCGAACAUAACAACAUAGGCAAUAGCAAUGACGUUACCAAAUUGCUACCAGAUACGGCAACAGCAAAUAAUGUGCCUACAAAUAUGUCGGUGAUUGCAACGAACGGCAACGCCAGCAGUCCAACUGCGUCUUCAUCUUCGUCGUCUUCGUCUCGCAAAGUCUUCGAGUGUGACGUAUGUAAUAUGAAAUUUUCGAAUGGCGCCAAUAUGCGGCGGCACAAGAUGCGCCAUACCGGCGUUAAACCGUACGAAUGUCGUGUUUGUCAAAAGAGAUUCUUCCGCAAAGAUCAUUUGGCGGAACAUUUUACAACGCACACGAAAACCCUUCCAUACCAUUGCCCUAUUUGUAACCGUGGCUUCCAGCGGCAAAUUGCUAUGCGUGCUCAUUUCCAAAACGAACAUGUCGGCCAACACGACCUCGUUAAAACCUGUCCGCUGUGCAGUUACAGAGCAGGUUCUAUGAAAUCAUUGAGAAUUCACUUCUUCAACAGACAUGGCAUAGAUCUGGAUAAUCCAGGACCGGGCGGUUCCUCAUCAUUGCUGCUCGCCUUGGAGUCUCAAGCAUCACAAGCAGCAGUUGCGGCUGCCGCUGCCAGUGCCGGUUUCGUGCCAGGUUUGAAUGCAGUAGCGGCUGCUGCUGCUGCUGCUGCAGCCAACCAGAAUACCAGCUCUAGCAUGACGACCCAUCAGAGUGAUAGUGGGGAAUCGAUGCGUUCGGUGGAGAAUGCUACACCGCCCAUGCACUUUUUGACGCCUCAUGUGGAAAUCUCAACGCUGUCCGAUAAUGGAACCGACUUGUUCAAUGUAACAUGGAAUGCGUUGCUAAAUUGCAAAUUGGGGAAAUCCACUGAUGCGGCGUUUUUGUGUGCAUUUGAUUUGCAGGGCAACGCUAAUGCGUCAACUGGAAUGGAACUAAUGGAUUCGAAGAACAGCGGUCGGGGGGAACGGGAUGUAAUUACCGGUAACAAGUCACCAGUGCCACUACCACCUCAAGAGCAUCCGAUGGAUUGUAAUACCAAAUCGUUGCCUUCGAGCACCAGUCACGUCGGUGUACAGAUGAAUGCUUGCGCUUCACCGAAAACUCACCAUCACGAGAACCACAUCACACCAUCUAUCAGUUUGAUACCAAUCAAGCAGGCGAGUGAACCGGUUGGUGAGGAUCUCUCCACAGAUGCGAAUAAGUGCGGCCAAAAAGUCAGUCCAACACAGACGGACCAAACCAAUGGCGGAGACAGCAGUGAAUCGGAGUUCUCGUCUUCGAACAGCAGAUUAACUUCAUUAAUUAAGGUGUCUCCACUGAAAUCCUUGUUGCGAGAGGACCUUAAGCGACGCAUUUGCGCCAAAGCUAAUAAUCGGAUAACCCGCAACGCGGCUGUGCUGGACAACAACAAUGUUGUACAAACGGCGGGAGCCGGCGGCACCACAAGCAACAACGCCACUUGCAAUUCAACACCCAUUUGCAACGGUACAAUCACCUCAACUGGCCAAGAAACCGAAUCGAAUCUGCUAAAUCGAAAGCAAAUACUCACAUGCCUAUUCUGUGGCAUCGAGUUUCCGGACGAAACACUUUACUUCCUCCACAAGGGCUGUCACUGCGAGAGCAAUCCAUGGAAGUGCAAUAUCUGUGGCGAACAGUGCAAUAAUGUCUACGAAUUCAAUUCGCAUCUAUUGAGCAAAAGCCAUCAAUAGCAACCAAUGAGCCUUACAACUGCGGGCAUUGUCAGCAAUCAAAAAUAGAUUUACGAGAAUGUACAUUCAUAUAUACUCGUAUGCAUAUGUAUGUAUGUUGCCACGGACGUUACGAGUUUCGGCGAAUGAGGUCCGAGGCGUUGAGAUAGUAAAUGCCAACUUAAAAGCUGAAUAAACGUUUUUUUUUUUAACAAGAGGCACAUAAUACGAGUAUUAGUAUUUAAUGCUUAUACAUACUCCAUAUGCUUGCGUCAGCAUUUUUGGAAUUCAGGAGCAAUAUAAAAGAAAGCAGAUAAUAAAAGAGAAAGAACGAAAUGUAAAAGUGUGUGAUAGCUGAUUGUAACGAAAGCAAGAACAAAUCAAAAACAAAACAAAACAAAAUUACACAAAAAACAUAAAAAUAGUACAUUUAGUAAUAUACUUAUGCAAAUUAUCGUAUUUAACGUACAAUUUUCUUAAUCUUAAAAUAAGUACGCCAGCUAAAAUAACGAGUACCUACUCGCUGAAGCUAAUCGAAAAUAACUCGUGCAGUCGUAGAGUCGAGCAAAAAGCUGUGAAAACAGGAAAAUUUGUUAACAAAUUUUCUUCAAGAGAAAGAAAGAAAUACAAAAAAUAAAAACAAAAAAAAACAUUUUCAAUAGACAAAACACUUUUUAGAAAUGCAUUUAGAGCUUUAUCCGCCCCAAAAUUAAGAAAAACUAAUAAUGUUAUUAAAUAUUUAAUAAAUAAUUAGAAUGAAGCAUUAAGUAGAGCCAAUGGUAACAUUUGACGGGCAAAGGGGAAUUUUUUAUGGCACACAAACAUUUCGAGAUACAUGUAUGUAUGUAUGUAUGUGCUGAAGUGCUAUAUAAAAUUUUCAUUUGCCCGUGUGGAGUCACUCAAUAAUUUAAAUAUUAGUGCUGGUCAAAUUUGCAAUGUACCUUCAACGUAUGUAUGUAGUAAUUUUAAACAAAACAGCAAAUGUUAUAAAACGUAUAAAUAGUUUAUAAGCAACGGAAAAUUGUACACAUACUUAGUAUGUAAUUGUUAUGUACUCGUACAUAUGUUAAUAUGUAUACAAAUCAUAAAUAUUCAGUUAAUAAUAGAACAAUUAGAAAAUAUUUUUUGAACAAAACUCUAA